CAAGGUUGCAUUUGAUCUCGUGUUCUUACAGUUUAUUUAAUCUUCACAUGAAGUUGACAGAUACAUGCAGCAAACUCUAUAAACGCUCUACAAAUCAUUUUCCGGACCUUCAAUACUAUAAGUAUGAUUAUCGCAGGACUCCAGUUCUUAAAGAUUCAGUGAUUGGAAAAGGUGAUAGGACAAGAAGAGCUGUCUGUAUCGAAGAAAUGUUAUCAAUGUUAGCUUGCUUGAAAGAAAGUGAUUUUGAUCAACGUCCUUGUACACAAAUGAUAGACACAUUCAAUAAAUGCGUCCAUAUAACGGAGAAUAAGCGGAGAGCAAAUAAGGAUAUGCAAAAGUCAGGAGUCGUAUCGCCUUCUGACAAGUCAGCUUAUGUGAUCUGCAUUUAUAACUGAUGUUAUUCCCACAAUAUCAUUGUACAAGCGGUUCCAAGUACAGGUUUCACGCUGGUCAUUUCCAGAUCUACGAAAGACCCUAAGUUUGUUAUCUCAAUCUAUCAAAAUGGAUUCUCGUUAAAAUCAAUUGCUUCCUCUGAUUUUUAAUCCGCACAGAAAAUUGUAAAACCCAAUGACAACUUACUCAUGUAUUGGAAACAAAUUUCUAUAAUAAAAUAUCCUACUUUUAACAAUUUAAGUAGUUUGAUAAGGUCGUUUGAAUUUAAUCCGUGAGCUAUCAGCUGAUUUCGGAAGCAAUCAAUAAGUUGGAUUUCUCAUUUGUUGUCAACAAUCAAUGAAUGAAUGGA